CUGAACCGAUAAAAGUGGUAUUGGGUAGAGUUCGGGUAAAGCAGAAUUACCGAAUGGGCUAAGAGGCUUUGGUAAAAUGGACUUCGAUCCGAGUUCGGUUUAUAACUUAAGUAUAUUGGGUCACCGUUUUAGAUCCGUUUAACAUAAAAGCCUAAUAAAACCUUGACCCACUAAGCAUCAUACGACAGCUAACCCUAAAGGCCUAAGUCACCACCUUACCCUAUUGCGCAGGCAGCACCGCGCAGCUAUCUCUUCUGUUCCCAAUACAGAACCGUUCAUCGAAGCUUGCUUUUCGUUUCGUCUUCUACAUGAGAUGAAGCAUGCUUUGUCUAUCUGCUAUCAUUCAAGUAAACUUUUCGAUUUGUUUUCUCAUUGUACCUUUCCUCCAUUCCGAGAACAGAACCAUUAUAUAAACCCCUAAUCCCCCAUGGAAAGAACCAUAAGUUUCAACCCUCCAUCAUCUCCUCCAUCAUCUCCUCCUUCACUACUCUCUGCAAUUAAAUCACAGAUGGGUUUUUCAUGCUUUCCAGAUGAAGACGAUUUCGGUGAAGAGAUGAAUCAUGAAGAAGAGCAAGACAUUGGCAGUACUGGACAACAAGCUGCUGCAACUACAGAAGUUCUUGGAACUCCUGAUUGUGCUGGAAAGAGGAAGGACAUUCCAGAAUCAAGUGCAGCUAAUGAAAAGCCAGCUAAGGAACUCAAAGUCAUCCUUCCAAGAUCUCCUGUUUGGGACCACUUCACAAGGAAUAAAGAAGAUAGAAACAAGUGUAUCUGCCAAUACUGCAAGAAGGAAUACUGCUACAAGUCUAAGUCAGGAACUUCUAAUUUGACAAAGCAUAUGGCAACCUACAAACAGUACCAAGCCUAUAAGGAAAACAAGUCUCAGCAAGUGAUCAAAGACAAUGGAACAGUGCAAGCUGGAAAGAUAAGUGAGCCAAUGUUCAGAGAGGCAACAAAUGAGAUGCUUGUGUUAGGGGAGUUGCCAUUGUCUUUUGUGGACAGUGUUGCCUGGAUAUACUUCUCCUCUCGUGCCAACCUCUACCGGCUUCAUUCAAGGAGAACAGCAAGUAGAGACAUAGUGCAGAUGUAUGUGAAGAAGAAAGCUUUGCUGAAGAACUGGAUUAAUUCAAACAAGCAAAGGGUGUCCCUAACUACGGACAUAUGGGUUGCUCCAAAUACAGGUUUGUUUGCUCUUUCUUUCUUAUUUCAUUGAUUGAUUCUUUAAUUACAUUCUCAUAUCUCAUUAUUAUUUGAUAUAUGUAAAACAAGUGCAAGCUACAUGGUGAUCACAUCUCACUUCAUUGAUGCAUUUUGGCUGCUGAAGAAACUGAUCAUAGGCUUCAAGUAUGUCUCAGAUCACAAAGCAUCAACAAUUGCAACUACUCUUCUAGAUUGUCUGGCUGAAUGAGGGAUUCAGAAGGUGUUUUGUGUCACUGUCGACAAUGCAACAGCCAACACUUUGGCUCUGAAGAGGUUUCAAAGAGAGUUCAGCUAGGUUAGCAAUGACGCAUUUGUCUUGGAUGGAGACUACAUGCAUGCCAGAUGCAGUGCUCACAUCAUCAAAUUGAUUGUGAGAGAUGGAUUCCAGGAGUUAGGAAAGAAUGUGGAGGCUAUACGGAAUGGUGUAUCAUAUGUUAGGUCAUCUCAUGUUAGGCAGAAGUUAUUUGAGCUGAGGGUUGAUUCAGGGAAGCUGAAAAGAGGAAGUCUCACAUUGGAUGUGAAGACCAGAUGGAAUUCAACAUAUACGAUGUUGACAAAUGCCCUAAAGUACAGAGUUGCUUUUGACAAGAUGCUUCUAGAAGAUAGGUUGUACCACGACUACUUCCUGGAAUUAGACAAUGGGAACAGACGUGUUGGACCUCCUGAAUCAACUGACUGGAAUGCAAUUGAAAGGUUGGUGAAGUUUCUGGUGAUUUUCUACAACUCCACUUUGGUUGUCUCUGCUUCCACCAACUUGAAUGCGCAUAAGUGUUAUGGUGAGAUUGUUACAAUAGAGAGGAACCUCUCAUUUCUGAGUAAUAACAGAGAUGAUGAAUUGAAUAACAGGGCUGAUGAAAUGUUGAAGAAGUUUGUGAAGUAUUGGGAUGGAAUGAAGAAUAUCAACAAGAUGUUGAUCAUUGCAACUGUGUUCGAUCCAACAAAGAAGAUGAAGUUUGCCAAGAUGUGUUUUGAGAAGCUGUAUGUAUGGUGAAGAUACUGUCGACUCCAAGGCUAUGUGUGAUUCAGUUUUCUAUGUCCUCGACUUGAUGUAUAAGGAGUAUGCUGAUUUUUACAGCCAUACAAAUGGUGCAUCUUCUCAGACUACCAAGGCGAAACAACAUCAAUCAAUUGUGAUUCCUGAGAAGAUGGAGUUGGUUGAUGAUUCGGGUUAUGAGAGAAUGGAUAUGGCUUAUAAAGAGAUGGUUGCUGACAACGCAGAUGAAGGAGUAAGGCGUGAGUUAGAGAUUUAUCUCACAGAUCCUGUUGAGAAUCUAAUGCUUAUUACGGGUGCAGAAUUUGAUGUGCUGUCUUGGUGGAGAGUGAAUUCUUUCAAGUAUCCUGUCUUGGCUGAGAUGGCUAAAGAUGUACUUGCUAUGCAAGUUUCAUCUGUUGCAUCAGAGAGUGCUUUUAGCACUAGUGGUCGGAUUUUAGACCCUCAUAGGUCCUGUCUGACUCAUUACAUGAUUGAGGUCCUCAUGUGUACUGAGCAAUGGAUGAGGCAAGAUAUCAAGAGUGUUGCUGACCCGACAGCGAUCACAAGUGCUCAACUGCUCUCAGAGUUUGAAAUGUUUGAUCAGCUUGAGAAAGAGUUUGGUAUUGGAGAUGAAAAUAAUCCUGAGGCUUAGCUUAUGUGGUCUUCUUAUGUGGUAUUUUUUUAAGGCAUGGAUUGCGGCAAUAGUAAAGGGACAUGUAGCAGCAUUGCAGCAAGGACCUUUUUGUUAGUGUGGAUGCUUCUUCAUUGUUCCCAUUUUUCAUUGGCUAUUUGAACUUGUUCUAUCUUUUGUUUUAAGUUGGUUGUGAGUUUAUUGAUCUUAAUGUUAUGGUAUUUGGUUGUGUUAUGGUGAAACUUAAUGUUAUGGUUUAAUCGGCUAUUUUGGUUAUUUACAUGAGUAUUUAUAAUUUUAAUCGGUUAUCUCGGGUUU